AAGAGCAAGCAGAUGGAAAAAUAGUUCUCGAGUUUUCGGGCAUUUAUUGGGUAAAAUUGUGAUAAAAAUAUCGAAAAUAGAUUGGAAAUUGUUGUUACGUGCAUUAGUAAUCGGCCGAUGUGAAAAUAAUAAUCGCCAGUGUAGGAGAAAUAGUGAAAAAUCGAAGUAAAAUGUUGGCGUAGGAAUCGGACCUCUACCAAUAACCGCCAUAACCUCCAUUCGUGUUAUUGGAGUAGAUACGGAAUUAAGUUGUGUGUCAGAUGUGUCUAUCAAUUUGGAUUAUUCGACAAGUUGUAUCGUUUUAUUUAUUUUCAACGUAAAAAAGGUGAUCCAGUGAGUAAUUUAUUAUGUGUUUGAAAGGAUUAGGGUGCGAAUUAGAAUACCAAAAUGAAGAAAAGCUUCCGUUGUUGACUAUAACGGCGGGGUGUUGGCAACGAUCGGCCGUGCUACAUCGCAGCCGUUUUUCUUAACAUGGCUGCAACGCAGGCCGAAAAGCAACAAAAUGACGUGAGUAGUGAAAAAGUGCAGUCGGAUCAGCAUCUGAACGUGAACGUGCGGAAUUCCUUGUUGCAGAAUGGGACCGAUAAGAGUAGUGCUCGCGGAGAUGGCGGUGUCGGUGUAGUGCAUACAAAGGCAAAGAGCACCGCCGGCAAAAACAUCGCCGUUGAAAUGAGUCAAUACCGUCAGGAUAGCAGCGGUGGCGGUGGCGGUGGCGGCCCGGCGACGGUACCCGGACAGACGAACACUAACACUGGUUCGGGUGCGGGCCCCACGUCCACCACCAGUGUCUCCGGUCAGGGUCAUGGGCCGAACGAGCCAGGCCUUAGUGGAGAGCCCGAACCGACGGCCGGGGCCCCAGCCGCUGCGACAGACUCAAAUAUCUACGCCACCGAGGGACCGCCGGCCCCUUCACCGGCCGCCGCCGCCGCCGCCGACGGUCACGGUUACGGUUUUCCUUACGGGAGAGACGUGCACAACAGCGCCGAAGGUGGCAUCCACGCUUUCGGGCCGAGACAACCGUUCGGGGCGCCCAAACAGAUGCCGCCGCACCAACACCAGGCCCAUCAGCGUUUCGUAACGGGACCCUCUAUUUCUCAGCCCUCGGGCCCCACGCCUACGUUAAAUCAAUUAUUACAAAGUAAUAAUAACACGAUGCCGCAUCGAUAUCCGAAUAGUUACGGUCACCCCGAUCAGCAUUACAACCAAGCCUGGCCGCCCCAGAAACCUAUUCAACAAGGCUACGCUCCCGGGCCCCCGGGAAACGCCGGACCGCUACCGGCCGCGCCGCCGGCCGCCUCCUACAGGACACCACCGACAUUGUCGCCGGCGUACGGCAGCGGCUCGUCGUCGAGUCCGGGCUACAGCGAGGGCAGGUCGAAUUGGCAGAGCGGCCCGUCGGGUCCGGGCGGCCACGGGCCCGGGCCCGGACCGGGGCCCGGCAGUCCGGGCCAAGCGAAUUCGUCGACGGCGCCGGCGAGUCAGCCGUCGCCGCAGCCGUCUCAGCCGCCGAGUCACUCGCCGGGGCCCGGACCUGGAAUGCCGCCCAGUCCGCAACACCAGCCCCACCAGGGGUUCCCGUCGAGGCCGGCGCCGCCCACCACCCCCAACGCACACGGUCCCGAUGCGGCGGAUCUUAGUGGUGGUAACAGUAAUGAUAGUUCCGGUGGUCCUGCACCGGGGACGCCGAAUUCACAGGGUAUGCGACCGACUCCAUCACCUACUGGUUCAACAGGUUCCAGGUCCAUGUCACCAGCAGUAGGCCAAAACAUUCCUAUGCCACCAAGGCCUUCGAGCGGACAAUCCGAUGGCAACGGACCUAGUCGUAUAAGUCAUUCACCGAUUGUAACUCAGGGCAGCUAUACAACACCCCAUUCGAAUCCUCAUCCGGCCCACGGUUAUAAAGGCCACCCGAGCAUGGUGGUCACCGGUUCAGGCAACCAGCAAAUGCCUCUGUACCAGCCGAACCAAUACCCUCAAACCGGCUACCCGCCGCGACCUCCGGGCAACAUCCAAUACCCCGGCCCCGGCUACGGCCCGCCCGCCUCGCAACCGCCGCCGCCGCCCAACAACAUGCCGCCGCAACAGUUCCCCGGCCGCUCGGCGCCGAACCCGAUGCAGAACUCCCAAUUCCCGCCCUACCAACAGUCGUGGCAGGCGUCCAUGACGGCCGGCUCGAAGGGCAACGGCCCGAACCCGCCGGCGCCGGCGGCGCCGGGCUCGCAAUCGCCGGGCGGCCCGACCGCGCGACCACCGCACUACCUCAAGCACCAUCUCCAACACAAAAUGGGUUUCCAGAACGUGCCGGGCUCGGCGCCGCCCAGCCCCGGCCCGCCGCAGAACUACCACAUGGGCCCGCCGUCGGGCCACCAUCACUCGGGCAUGGGGCCGCCGCCGUCGUCGAUGGGGCCGCCGCCGAACAUGCCGCCGGCCAGCAGCCCGCUGUUGCCGAACAACCAUCCGCACGACGGGCCGAUGCCGCCGCCCAGUUCGACGCCGAACUCGCAUCCGCCGAUGGUGUCGGAGAUGAUGGACAACGGCAUCACCACGACGGCGCAGGGCGGUUUGAACACGCACGUCACCACGGCGACGGGCGGUUCCGUGACGUCCGUGGUGACCACGGGACCGGACGGUACUCCCAUCGACGAAGGUUCCCAGCAAUCUACGCUGUCGAACGCUUCUGCCGCGUCGGGAGAGGAUCCGCAAUGUACGACGCCGAAGGCGACUCGCAAAAACGACAACAUGGGUCUUUAUAGUCAUCCGACGACGCCGCAGAGUACUGUUCCAUCGCCUGGUGCAGCUAGUAUAAAUUCGAUGCACGAGGAAUACGGCGAACUUGGUAGUCCUAGUUGGCCGAGAACGCCCGCAAGUCCGGUAUUUAACAGUCAUGUGCCUCCCCCGGAUACGUAUCGCUCAAAGAAAACCGACAGCCUUAGCAAGCUGUAUGAAAUGGAUGAAAAUCCAGAAAGGAAAGCUUGGUUAGAUAAGCUGCUAGCGUUCAUGGAUGAUAGGAGAACACCUAUCACCACAUGUCCGACUAUAUCCAAGAAUCCCCUUGAUUUGUUCCGCUUGUAUAUGUUUGUAAAGGAACGUGGGGGCUUUAUGGAGGUGACUAAAAAUAAAACUUGGAAGGAUAUUGCUGGUAUGCUAGGGAUCGGUGCUUCAUCAUCAGCUGCUUAUACGCUAAGGAAGCACUACACUAAACAUUUGCUAGCAUAUGAAUGUCAAUUUGACAGAGGUGGUAUUGAUCCUCAGCCAAUAAUAAACCAAGUGGAGGCGACGUCGAAGAAGAAGAGCGCCAAGGCCACGUCCGUGCCGUCGCCGGGCUCCUCGAACUCGCAGGACUCGUUUCCGCCCGGAUCCGGCGGCGCCUCGAUGGACGGGUACGGCGGUUACGGUGGAUAUCCACCAUCCGGUAACCCGGAUUAUCCACCACAGAGGCCUUCAUCGCAAUCCGCGCCCAGCCCACACGGAGCAGGAGUCAAUCAUCACAACAGCGCAGCGCCUGGAGGUCCCAGCCCUGCAGGCGGGGCUGCAGACAACGUCAGCGUAUCCAAUCCGUUCGAUGAUGUGUCCCCAAGCCCACCACCGAGGGGUGGGCCUUUUCCAGGCGGGCCACAUCCCUCUUACCCGGCUGGAACACCUCCGCGGCCUCCCGGUCAGAAUUAUUCCGGACAACCCGGGUACCAAUACCCCGGACCCGGUCCUGGAUCGGGUACUUCUCCAGACCAGUAUUCCCCAUAUCCUGCUAGUUCAGGCUACCCACCGGCUGUAAGGCCGAUUUAUCCACCUUACUCUGGCGAUUCAUCAGCUCCGCCACCGAGUCCCAGCAAUUCGCAGGGACCACCAUCGUCUGCGGCACAGGAUCCUUACCGAUACAACGCGAACCCGGGCUCGAGCUAUAAUCCCCGACCGGCUUAUGGGCAAGCCCCGAGCAAUGCGGGACCGCCGACCUCGCAGCCGACCGGCCCUGGAAAUUAUCCACCUCAUCCGGAUUAUUAUCGCCCAGAACAAGUACAGCAAGGAGCAGGCGCGGCAACUGGAUACACCGGAGGAACUAAUGCAAACAAGAACAUGCCUCCUCCCGGACCUCAACCGCCGAGGAGGCAUCCGGAUUUCGCGAAGGACCAGCCGUACGCUUACGGCCAACCUCGCACUCCUUUAUAUAGUGGCUGGCCGAACAAUAAUCAAUACAGACCUCCGCAAUACGGUGGAUCCCCGGGCGGACCACAAGUUGCUCCACAACAGUGGAACCAAGGAGGAAGGCCCGGUGGACCUUGGCCGAAUAAUCAAAAUUAUCAACAGCAACAACCUGGGCAACCGCCAUGGCCGGGGAUGGCUCAACCGACAGGACAGAAUGCAAAUAUGAGACCGGUUCACAGGCCCGGCAAGCCGUUCCCCAACAUAAUGCCACCAAGUGGCGGUGCUAAAGGCAGUCAAGCACAACCUGCGCCCAGUAAUACCUACAGUCAUAGUCAGAUGCCUAAACGAGAAAUAACGUUCCCGCCAGAUAGUGUCGAAUCAACCGUUCCAGUUUUAUACCGUAGAAAACGACUAUGUCGAAGCGACGUCGGGCAAGUCGACGCUUGGCGUAUAAUAAUGUGUUUGAGAUCAGGACUCCUCUCCGAAAGUACUUACGCACUCGAUAUGCUUAAUAUUCUCCUAUUCGACGACUCUUCAGUGGGCUAUUUCGGCCUGAGCCAAUGGCCGGGAUUGCUGGACCUUUUGAUGGAACAUUUCAAGCGCAGUCUGUCGGAAAUGUUCGACGGUCCGUACCCGCGCGACGACAAGCUAAUCGAACCGGCCGAAGUCGACCUCGGCGGCGUCACCAGGCCGAUCGAUCCCAACAUGAAGACGAUCGUUUUGCACGAAACGACGAACUACACGUUCGUCUCUCGUAAGGGACAUCCAGUGAAAUUAGUUGAUAGACCGGACGACGUGUUCGUCCAGGACCACGUGAAAGAUUGGGACACGAAAGGCGAUCCGAACCGGGCCAACAUUCUGGCCGAGAUACCGACCGAUCCGUGGCACACGAACGCAGAUCACAUAUUACCUCCUUUCCAAGCGGAAUUUUGUCGCAUUCCGUUCCACAUGCGUUUGGAAGACGACAAAAUGAAAUCCGACAAAGACGACGCCGUCUCCGACAAGAAAAUAAAAAGUUCCCCCGACGACGCGACGCCGGACGAGGCGGCCGCGCCUCCGUCUAAAAUGUGUAACGCCAAAAUAUGUGAAAAAAGACUUAGGGCUAAGUCGUUGCUUGAUGUGAUAUAUCGAAUUACGCCUGACUACGAACCAGACGAGACGGAGACGACGGCAACCAAAAUAAAGACUGAGGUAUUGAGUGAGAAAGUGAAUUGUGAGGAAAGUCCAAGCAUAGAUCUGAAUAUUAGUGUAAACGGGGAGUGCGUCGAUACUAAAGGACAAUCGGUGCGAGAUCCAUCAGGUACCUUGAAACGUCGACGAAUCUCCGAUUAUGAAGACGAAGCCUACACUAGAGACGAGGCCAGUUUAAUGCUCCUGACCGAGAGCCAAGACAACAUUGGCAAACGAUGCGUUUGUCUAUCUAAUAUUCUUAGGAGUCUUACGUUUAUUCCUGGUAACGAAAACGAAUUUGCCAAAAGCGAAACGUUUUUAGCGCUCAUCGGCAAAUUACUCUUGCUCCAUCAUGAACAUCCACCUAGGACGCAGAAGACUAGAAAUUAUGAUAGAGAGGAGGAUGCAGAUUUUGCCGAUUCAUGUAGUAGUUUGCAAGGUGAAAGUGAAUGGUGGUGGGACUUUCUUGUGCAAAUUAGAGAAAAUAUUCUUGUUUCGAUAUCAAAUAUAGCCGGACAAAUAGAUGUAUCAUUAUUCGACGAAGAAGUGGCGAGGCCCUUGUUGGAUGGACUAUUACAUUGGGCCAUAUGUCCUUCAGCUACAGGUCAAGAUCCAUUCGCUUCUGUAGGUCCAACGUCGCUGCUUUCUCCGCAGAGACUAGCUCUCGAGGCACUCUGCAAAUUAUGUGUAACAAAUAGUAAUGUUGAUUUGGUGAUAGCAACGCCUCCGUUCUCCAGAUUAGAAAGGCUCUGCAUCGUACUCACGAAGCACCUGUGCAGAUCAGAGGAUCAGGUAUUACGGGAAUUUUCGAUAAAUUUGUUGCAUUAUCUGGCCGCGGCCGACAGCAGUAUGGCGAGAGUGGUGGCUUCGCAAACACCGUGCGUUUCAUUAUUAGUAGCGUUCAUCGAGCAAGCAGAACAAAGCGCAAUGGGGGUUGCGAAUCAACACGGAAUCAGCGCCCUUCGGGAUAAUCCCGAUUCGAUGGGUACGAGUUUGGACAUGUUGAGGAGAGCCGCUGCGACAUUAGUAUUUUUAGCAAGACAUCCGGAGAACAAGCCUCUAUUGGUGCAACAGGAAUCGAGGUUGCUUGCUCUAGUUAUGAGCCAGAUACUAGACCAACAAGUAGCUUUAUUGCUCUCCAAAGUGCUGUAUCAGAUAUCUCGCAGCUAAUCCACUCUACUACCUCUGUAGAUACUGAACUGUUGUCUAUGAUCUAUGCUCUAUGCGGCCUUGAUGGUGUACAGUACAGAAUAGACCCAUGUAUAGUUUGUUUUCUCCCGGACUUUUACCAUAAAUGACAGUGUGCGUGCGUGCGUGUGAGUAUACGAGUGCUGUGAGAUAAUGACACCAAGACUAGAAAUGAGAUAUCCAGAUCUCGGAUAGCUAAUCAAUUCACAUAGUGUAAUCCAUUAAUUGUACCAUUUUGUAAAUUAAGUAAACAUUGUCUUUCUGGAAAAUGUUAAACAUACAUCCAUGUUACUUAUUUUAUUUAUUAAUUUGAUAUAAACAUGAAUAAACAGUAGAUUCCAACUACUCUGGAAUAGAAUAAGCCUGAUCUGGUGUAAAAGGCGGUGCAGGCGGUGUCAUCCCUCAUUUGUUUUGUUUCCUGCACACACUUUCUCUUCAUUCAUGUUUGGUAUUACUGUGCGAAUGCUUUAUACAUGUCUGAUAAUGAAUUUAAUUAAAUAAAUGUACAAAGGAAGUACCGAAAAUGGUGUUUUUAUACAAGUUUUAAUUUUCUAUGUAUAUUUAGAAAUGUUUUAUACAUCCCAUUUUAGCUGUUACAUUGGACUCUGUUAAAGAACAAGUAAGGACUGUAAUCAUUAGAAAAUGGCAGUCUUGAUCUAGAACUCAAAUGUAGUUUAAAAUAUGUGGUGAUAUUUUUCUGGCUGUAGGUAUAAUUCAUCUUAUGUAUGAUUGCAUAUUGUAAAAUAAGUAAAUGCUAAAUACAUUCAA